AUGUCAGAGCAAGCACAAUGGGCCCCAGGUUCCAUGAUCAGACCAAUACAAACAAAUCAUGGACCUUCAGGGGUUCCUCGGCCUUUCAGUGCCAUGUCCGGUCCUGAACCCGAUAUGAAAUGGGAAGACCAGGCGCUAGAUGCGCCUCUCGGCCCAGAUGUGACAGAUGGGCUCGACCUAAGGGUGAAAGAUGAGCCCUCCGACUCGGAGAUGACAGAUGAGCAUCUUGAACCCCAUACCCUAGAGACAACGAAUGCGCAUAUGGAUGGCUAUAUCCCAGCCGGCGUUUUGGGCAAAUUCUCCUCCAAGCCCCGCUACCCAGACUCCGAGGUAGCGCUUCUAGAAAAACACGAAUGGAUCCGAACACGCUCUCUUAGCGGCAGCAACAAUGUACAAGUUUUCGUGCUACCGAACGCACAGCAAAAGAAACCCAUUAAAAAAAAGAAAAGAGGUGAAACCGAAAGUAUUCUCCUAACCCAUCUCAAACUCGUCAUGUCUAUGAUCGACAACUCCUCUGAAGCUUGGAACGGCUUGAUUGAUGCCCAUGCUGGUCUAAUUACCAAUAAUCAAUCCGAUAGUGACGAAGAAGAAUCUCUGUAUUACAUAUUCAAUACGCUGCAAGAACCCACUCUGGACUUGGAUCGCUUAACAGAUUUGCACUCCCGGGACGCCAUGGAGGCAUUGCUUGGCGAUUCGGUUCGAGGUCUUAAAACACAACUUCAUCCGUUUCAGCGCGAAUCUGCUGUUGUGAUGGUGCAGCGGGAGGCAGAGCCGGCGCUAGCGCUUGAUCCGAGAUUCCAGCCUUGGCGGGGUCCGACUGGGUUGGAGUUCUAUUAUAACAAAGAGUCUGGCAGUAUUUUGAAGGACAAGAUAUUGUAUCCCGAGGCUUGUGGAGGGAUCUUGGCAGAGUCCAUGGGAUGUGGAAAAACACUCAUCAGUCUUGCUGUGAUAUUGGCUACGCGGGGACAUUUCCCCAAAAUCCCGGUGGAGUAUCAAACACUCGAAAACCCAAUCAGGAACAAGACUGGAACAUUAAUGGAAAUGGCUGCUGCUGCUGUUGGUCGCUUUUCCCUGCCCUGGAAGGACUUCUUUGACUUGCAGCUGGUAGAAAAAGAGAAAGAUUAUGUUAAUUGUAGGACGGCCUGUAUGGCCCAGAGUGGUUCCUACAUGAUACCGGCGAAACGCGACAAUCAAAGGUCUACAUCAUGGUACGCCGAGCCGGCGGAGCACAUUCGUCUCUGCUCUGGUACACUCGUUAUCGUCCCGGAAAACUUGGUGGACCACUGGGAACGUGAGAUCGCUACUCACACCAGCGAUCUGAAACUUCUAGUAUUGCGAACGAAGGACACAACACCAUCAACGGACGAACUUCUGAACUUUGAUAUUGUGAUGUUCUCCAAAGGCCGAUGCAGCAAAGAGAAAGCAAACCGCAACAGUCGUGCGCAGAAGUCGGAUGCCCCUAUUCUCGAUCUUCACUGGUUGCGAGUUAUUGUCGAUGAAGGGCACAACCUUGCGGGUAAAACAACCGAAAUGGUCGACUUUCUAAGAAAGCUGAAAUUCGAACGCCGCUGGAUGAUCUCGGGAACCCCCCUCUCAGAAAUGUAUGGAGUGGAACUUAGCAUUGCUUCACAGGAAGUGGGCACAGACGAUCCUGAAUCAUCGCCCGACGAUCACGCCGGUUCCAUCCCCCAAACCCGCAGAAAGGGGGGCAAUGAAGACCCGGACUUGAGGAAAUUGGGCGACAUGGUUCAUAAUUUCUUCAAACUCAGGCCCUGGGCCAACAAUCCUAAAGAAUGGGUAUGCUACACAAAAACGGUGGGUAAAGAUGGAAUUUCUCGAAAAUCUCCAUCUCUACGUGCGACCCUCCAGAGUCUUGUUGUACGACACCGGUACGAAACGGUCAAAAAAGAGAUCACUCUUCCACCGCUGUAUAACAAAGUGGUCUACCUUGAGCCGACUUUCUACGACAGGCUAUACAUCAACAUGUUCCUCUUUACACUCGCAGUCAACACUAUUACAUCUGAACGUGAAGGUCCCGACUAUAUGUUUUAUGAGGGCGACGAAAAAAAGAAAAGCAAAAACAAAAAUAAGCUCACUGAGUUGAUACAAAACUUACGCCUGGCUGGGUUUUGGUGGGCUGGCGAUGACAAUGUCCAAAGCACUGUCGACAUUGCUCUAGAAUAUCUGGAAGAAAACCAAGAGAAGAUGACAGUGGCGGAUCUCAACCAAUUGAAACAGGGAAUCCAGAUCGGACGAAAGGCAAUGAAUUCCCCUGGCUGGAAUGGAUUCAAAAAGAUGCAUGAGCUUGGAGUCUUCGUUCGGCGUUUCCCAAAAUAUGCUCGCAACAUGUGGGCCCUUGAUGCCACGGACACCGACCGCGAGCCUCUGCUCAUGGGUAUGACCCAAGCCCGUCGCGCGCAAGAAUUUGUGAUGAACCGUCUCCGCAUGCCUGAUCCCGCCGAUGGUCUUGCAGGAGAGGGAAUCAAAGUUCGUCGGGAGCUAGCUCAACACAGCCAGACAGCCACUUCAAAAAAGAAAGACAAAGAUCAAACUUUGAACUUCUGCACUCUCCCAGAAACUUCGCCAUUGAAACAAACGAAACUGGAAGGAGUAGCAUCGGCCAAGCUUCGGUACUUGUUGGACCAAGUGCUGAAGUUCCAGAAAACCGAGAAAAUCAUCAUCUUCUAUGAACACGACAACGUCGCUUCCUGGGUCGAGCAAGGCCUGGAGUUAAUAGCAGUUAAAUUCCGCACCUACGCAAGUACUGCGAGUAUGGGAUCCAAUGUAAAAACCGAGAGUCUGAGUGAAUUCCGCGAAACCGACGAGGUCCGUGUUCUGCUGAUGAGCGUCAAACAAGCCUCGCAUGGCCUCCACAUCCCCGAAGCCUCGCGGAUGUACAUCGUCAACCCGAUUUGGGAACGCAACGUGGAAAGCCAAGCCAUCAAACGAGCCCACAGAAUCGGCCAGAAAAGAGCAGUCUACGUCGAAACCCUCGUCCUGGGCGACACUCUCGAAUACCGGAUGCUCACCCGCAGCAAAAAUAUGACCGCCGAGGAGACAAAGCACGCAGGAAAUGACCCGCUUCAAGAUAGUACCAUGAGCGACAUUAUUAAACACGAGCCCUUUUUACCCAUGCCCGACGAGGCUUCCGCCGGCAUGGCUCCACUGACACAUCCACUCGGGCUAUUUGAUCGGCAUAAAUUGCCGAUUCCCGAUAAAGAGAAGGUCCGUGCGCCCAGGCCACCGGGGCAGAAACCGACCGGCAAAACGGCGCAGAAACGGCCUCGGGCUUUGGAGUCCGAUGCUGAUUCUGAUUCGACUGGUGUUCAGGGGUCAUCGGCCCCGCGGCGACGGAUUGGCUUUGCGGAGCAUGACCAGGUCAUGGGUGAGGGUACUGUGGAUGCGGUUCCUACGCCGCUGCAGCCCGUGCCUAGGUUGAAUUCGGCUUCUAAGGCUGAGGUCCCUAUAUCUAGACCUUCGCUGACAGGCUUUGCGGAGCGUGGGACAGUUAUUGAGGAUGGUGCUGGAGCAUCUAGUCCAGUGCGGCUCAUGCCGAUACACUCUGCGGUAGAUUUUACCAGGGACGGUGUUGAGAGGGCGCCCUCGUUGUUUGGGCCGUUCCGGCCAUGA